AUGGAUCAAUGGACUCACCAAAAUCACCAAAGUCAUCAGAACCAUCAGAACCAUCAGAACCAGACAACAUCAUCAGCUCCACCAUCUCAUGCUCACAUGGGACAUGUAGCUGUGCAGCCGAAAGAAGAAGUUCAGUAUAUGAUGAGGCAGGUCACAGAUAGUGUACGAUUUGCAAUGUGUGAAGCUAUAAGUCACCGCACUCCUUUGUGGGAUUCGAGUCGUGAAAAAUGCAGUUCCGCAACCCGAAAACGUCUUUUCGGAGAAGUAGUUGAUGUUAUAAACUCUCAAUUUGUUUUGAGUCCGCCGUUGUCCAUUGAAGAAGUUGAAAAACACUGGAAAAACCUGAAGGAUACAUAUGUCAAGACACGUCGGAAGAUAACGUAUGAUCAGGAUGGUUGUCUUAUCCGUCCCAAGUGGAAAUUUUUCGACUCUCUAAUGUUUCUCGAUGCUGUUAAUCAACCGGACUUCGCUUUGAAGAAGCGGGCUGUGUCAAUGACGUUCCCAGCCCAAUCGUAUGAUAUGUACCAGGGACCGACUAUGAAAAAGGAGAAGCUAGAAGAAAUUCCGACUGAUGAAUACAUGGAGUUCUGCCGAUCCAUCUAUUUACCAUUGAAAGAAAUUGGUUAUAAAGAUCGAGUACGAUGGCUUAAAAUUCAGAAAACCUUUCGAGACAUUAUCUAUGAAGCGCAAUUAGAAAGCGCAGUGAAGCCCCCUGUCGAUAUGCAGUAA